AAUUCUGUACACCAAGCUCCACUACCUACAUGUACCUACAGCUCUGUGCGGGGAAACCCAUCAUCCACGACAACAACAAAAGCCACAACCACAACCAUGACUAAUCUUGAUAUGCUACUGCUCAAGGGGCCUUCGGGCAAUGUCGAGGAUGGCCUGAAUGAAUUGCGCUAUACCAUCCUCACCCAGGGCAUUCCCGCAAAUAACGAGGGCAUGUCCGAACUGCGCAUGUACAUCUGGCUGAUCCUGCUCAACGCACCCCCAAUCCGCACCGACAUCUACCUCGAUCUCGUUCGGCAAGGCGCGUCCCCAGCGCACUCCAAGAUCCAAAACGACGCCUUCCGCACUUUCCCCAGCGACCCUUUAUUCCGCCGACGCGUCACACAGAACAGCAUCACGCGUGUCCUCAAUGCCGUCGCGUGGCGCCUCAACGAUGCCCACGAGGCCCGCGUCAACGGCUGGCAGAGCCCGCCCACCCUUUCUGAAUUCGGCGGCAGCCCGGAUAAUGCGACGACCACGUCGAGAGCUUCCCUCGGCGCCCACACCAUGUCGAAUACGGCGUCGUCGGUCGUGAGCGGGAGUACCGCUACUGGUACCGCAAACGACGCAGAGCAGAUUGGGUACGUGCAGGGUAUGAAUGUGCUGUGCGGACCCUUUUUGUACGUUGCGCGCAGCGAAGUCGAGGCGUUUACGGGGUUUGAGAAUCUGAUUACGCGGGAGUGUCCUGGCUAUGUUCGCGGCGCUAUGGACGGCGUGCACAAGGGCGUUGCGCUCGUGGAUCGCGUGCUUGAGGCUGUGGACCCGAAGCUGUACGCGCACCUGCUGGAGAAGAACCUGCCUGCGAAGCUGUGGGCAUUUGCGCCUGUUUUGACGCUGAGCGCGUGUACGCCUCCUCUGCUCGAGGUGCUGAGGCUGUGGGAUUUCUUGUUCGCGUAUGGCGCGCAUUUGAAUGUUUUGUGUAUUGUUGCGCAGCUUGUUUUGAUCAGGGGUAGUAUCCUGGACAGCAAGAAUCCUGGCCCUCUGGUGCAAAAACCCCCACCACUCAACGCCGAACGCAUCAUCUCAGUCGCCACAAGCUUCGCCAGCAAGAUCCCAGAGGACCUGUAUGAAGACAUCAUCCACCAUGCUCGCUGA